AGUUGUGAUUUGGUGUCUACUGCCACGCGGCUUUGCUUUCUCCCCUCAUCACAAUUGUGACAAAGUCCUUGGAUCCAGACCUCCUUUAUGUCUGUUGAAGCACACACUACGAGUUAAACAAUGCUUUGUUGGCCUAUAGUAAUAUGAGGCAUCAAUCUCCCCACCACAUUGUUGAGAGCGCCGGCACGCUUGUGCGGCUAUGUAUGUGUGUCCGAUUGAAAGAAGCCCUGAUUUGGGACUCCUGAAUCAUGUCGCUGUCGGUGAUUUCCCUGGUUAUGCGUAUAUUUAAUCCCAUUGACCACCAAUAUGCAACGAACUUUCUAAUUCAUUCGGCAUUGUAAUCUGACGCGAAAGCUCAAAAACCCAUCAUUUACAUCUCCAAAAUGACCACCCCUUCCGGUUAUACCCCAUCAGGUGCUUCGGCAACCAACACCUCUACCGUCGCAGUGGCUGGUAGCUUCCAAAACUCAACACAGACACGAGACGGCGCCAAUCAAUCAACCUCCUACAGUAUGAGCCGAUAUAUCUAUGAUACGCAAGCACGUCCUGUUACCGAUCGAUUGGUCUACACUGCAGGUUAUUCACAGAAUAACCCGCCCCAGGGCAGAUAGAUGAUGGACGACAAGAAGAAAGCGUAUGAAGAAGCACUGAUACCUGGAUAAAAAAGCUUCAAUGUUUCCUGUUUUUAUAUACCCCGAUGCUGUCCCAAUACCCUUUCAAUCGUCCGAUCAAAAGGGAGAUAUUUUUUCCAAAGUUUAUUUAGUCACCUUUCAUAUUGGGGCCUAGCCAUCUU